AUGAAGCUUCCCCCGGGCUUUGAGGCAUCCGAUCCUAAAUUAGUGUGUCGAUUGCGCAAGUCCUUGUAUGGAUUAAAGCAGACACCGAGGUGCUGGUUUGCAAAACUUGUUACGGCCUUGAAAGGGUAUGGUUUCUUACAAUCCUAUUCCGACUACUCUUUAUUCACCUUUACUCGGGGUGGAAUUCAGAUAAAUGUACUUGUUUAUGUCGAUGAUCUCAUCAUUUCUGGGAAUGAUUCUGCUGCUCUUAAGACAUUUAAGGCUUAUCUCAGUGAUUGUUUUCAUAUGAAAGAUCUCGGCACUCUAAAGUACUUUCUGGGUAUUGAGGUUGCUCGUAGCGCUUCUGUACUAUUUUUGUGUCAAAGGAAAUAUACUCUUGAUAUUAUUUCUAAAGCAGGAUUGUUGGGGGCCAAACCGGUUAGUGUUCCUAUUAAGCAAAACCACAAACUCGGCCUAGCUAGUGGCCCAAUUUUCUCUAAUCCUGCAGCUUAUUGGGGUUUAGUUGGAAGACUUAUCUACUUAGCCGUAACUCGACCAGAUCUCGCAUACUCUGUUCAUGUGUUGUCUCAAUCCAUGCAAGAACCACAUGAUAAGCACUGGGAGGCAGCUUUGAGAGUUGUCCGUUAUUUGAAAGGUACACCAGAUCAAGGGAUUCUCCUACGAGCAGACACUGAUCUAACGCUACAGGGAUGGUGUGAUUCGGAUUGGGCCGCGUGUCCUAUUACUCGGCGAUCGCUUACGGGUUGGUUGAUUUUUCUCGGCCAUUCUCCAAUCUCGUGGAAAACAAAGAAACAAACUACUGUUUCUCGUUCUUCUGCAGAAGCAGAAUACAGGUCCAUGGUAGCCGUUACUUGUGAACUCAAAUGA